CCACAACUUCCCAAGUAUCAAGGAAUUUGGUUUAAUGAAAGUAUGCGCGCUCCCGCCAAAGCGCAGCAUCAGCACCACUAUCUCGCGCGCGCUCCCGCCUCUAGCGAGCGAGUCUAUCGCCAUCCCGGCCGAGAGAGUUAAAGUUGGCCGAAAGGACGGAUAAACGAUGCUGUACUGUCCGGUGACGAGGAGAGGAUAACAUUUGAUUUGCUCAUCUAAGAGAGACUCCAUCUCCCGGAGAGGAUGGAUAUCAAAAUUCUUGCCCCAAGCCUUUUACUCUUUCUCGCUUUUCAGCAUUGCUCGUCACGGCCAUGCUUAGAUCCACUGAUCUCUCCGCUCUACGCCUCCUCUUUCCAUGCUUCCUCCAGAUAUAACUUUUUUUACUCUGCACACUUUGCCAAACUGUAUGGGAGCAGCGGCUGGUCUCCGUCCCCUCGGGACAGGCAGCCAUGGAUGCAGAUUGACUUGGGGAGGAAGUAUCGUAUCAUGGCCAUUGCUACUCAGGGUACCUUCAACUCUUAUGACUGGGUCACCAAAUACAUGCUGCUGUACGGGGACCGAUUCGACGCAUGGACUCCAUAUGUCAUGAAAGGAGGCAACAUGACGUUGCCUGGCAACUGGAAUUACUACCAGGUGAAGAGGAACGUCUUUCAUUAUGCGUUCACUGCCAAACAUCUGCGCAUCUAUCCCAUGGGCUGGAAUACUGAGAACGGAGGCAAGAUCGGCCUUCGCGUAGAGUUCUAUGGCUGUCCUUACGACUCAUAUGUGAUGCAGUUUGAGGGGGAUGACAUGGUGGCGUAUUCAUUCCCACGGGGUAGAAUGAGGACACUUCAGGACCGCUACGCUUUAAACUUUAAGACCUUGGAGAAGGACGGUAUUCUCCUGCACAGUGAAGGUCUGCAGGGAGACUCCAUUACCCUGGAGCUAAAGACUGGACGCCUCUACUUACAUAUCAGUCUGGGGAGUAGCACUGUCCAUAACACCAAUGGGAUGACCACAAUGAUGCUGGGAAACCUUCUGGACACUCAGCACUGGCACUAUGUCACCAUCAAGCGCUACGGACGAGAGGUCAAUUUCACCCUGGACAGCCAGACAGAGACUGCUAUCCUCAACGGAGAGUUCCAGUACCUUGAUCUGGACAAACAGAUUUAUGUUGGUGGCGUGAUUGAGAAAGACGUGCCCCAUCUGCCUGGUAAGGUUAACUUCCGUGGCUGCAUGGAAAACGUAUUUAUCAAUGGAAUCAAUAUCAUCUCCAAGACACAGUAUCAGGAGCCUGAAAUUCGACUAGCUCCUAAAAAGAAAAAGAUGCUUUAUACCUGCCGGGAUCUCCUCUGGAAGCCCAUGACCUUUGCAGGACCGAACAACUACCUGCAGCUCCCCGGCUUCUUCCGGAAGAACCGUCUGGCAGUGAAGUUUAAGUUUCGCUCAUGGGACUACACAGGGUUACUGAUGUUCACCAGGUUUGCAGAUGAGUUGGGCUCUCUGGAGCUGGGCCUCAGUGAAGGACAAGUCAACGUCACUCUAAUGCAGCCUGGAAACAAGAGAUUACGCUUCGCUGCAGGGUACCGUCUCAAUGACGGCUUCUGGCACACAGUAGACCUGACCGCCAAAGACAACUUAUUAACGAUCACUAUAGAUGAAGAUGAAAGCUCACCACUGAAGAUCACCAACCCCUUCAUGGUUCGUACAGGAGAUCGCUAUUUCUUCGGGGGUUGUCCUAAGACCAAUAACACGGCACGCUGUGUGACCAAGCUGUCUCGCUUCCAUGGCUGCAUGCAGCAGAUCUUUAUAGAUGAUGAGCCGGUGGAUAUAGAUGUCAUGCUGCAGAGGAAAUGGGGCAGAUAUGCCGAAAUCCUGCUGGGCACCUGCGGAAUCACUGAUAGAUGCAGUCCAAACCCUUGUGAACAUGAAGGCAGGUGUAUUCAGUCCUGGAAUGACUUCCUGUGUGUGUGCAACAACACCGGCUACAAGGGGGAAGUUUGUCAUAACUCGGUCUACAGGGAGUCAUGUGAGGCCUACAGACUGAACGGGAAGUACUGGUCAGGCAACUACACCAUAGAUCCAGAUCUGAGCGGACCACUCAAGCCUUUCACCGUCUACUGCAAUAUGUUGCAAAAAUCAUGGACUGUUAUUGAGCACAACCGCAUGAAAAGCACCAAAGUGAGCGGCUCCACCAUGGAUCGACCGUAUAUUGGGGACCUCCAGUAUGUAAAUGCAUCGUGGGAUGAAGUCACUGCCCUAGCAAACACAUCUUUAUACUGCGAACAGUGGAUUGAGUUCUCCUGCUACAAGUCACGCCUCCUCAAUACUCCAGGUGGACGGCCUUACACUUACUGGAUUGGUCGGUAUAAUGAGAGUCAUGAAUACUGGGGAGGAGCUUUCCCUGAAAGUGGGAAAUGUGGAUGUGCUGUCAAUCAAACUUGCACUGACUCCAAGUACUGGUGCAACUGUGACGCAGACUACCGCCAAUGGCACUCAGAUAAGGGCUACCUGUCGUUCCGAGACCACCUGCCUGUCAGGAGGAUUGUCAUAGGAGACACGAACCGCACCGGUUCAGAGGCGCGCUACAGUGUUGGGGCACUGUACUGCCAUGGAGACAGGAGUAUCUGGCACACUAUAGCGUUCACCAAGCCCACCUAUCUGACGUUCCCCACCUUCAAGCCCGGGACCAGUGCUGACAUCACGUUCCACUUCAGGACCUACCGAACUAACGGAGUGUUUGUGGAAAGCUCAGAUGACCACCUGCGUAAUUUCUUACGAAUUGAACUCAAUUCUACAACUGAGGUGAUUUUCAUUUUCAUGGUGGGUGAUGGGAUUAGAAACGUGACCCUGCGCUCUCCUAAACCUCUCAAUGAUAAUGAAUGGCACUACGUGGAAGCUGAAAUCAAUGUGAAAUUGGCACGUCUCAAGGUUGAUUUCCUGCCUCCGGCCAUUCACAAGUUUCCGGGCCAAACCUACAUCACUAUGAAGUUCACACAACCACUGCUCGUAGGGGCAGCCAAUCACACCUUAAGGCCUUUUCUGGGUUGUCUGCGUGGGCUGAGGAUGAACGGGGUGCCUGUGGAUUUGGAGGGUAAGGUUGACGAGAGGGCUGGCAUACGUAGGAACUGCACCGGAGCGUGUCUGAAUGCCUCCAUACCGUGUCGAAAUGGAGGCCAGUGCAUUGAUGGCUACGCUUCAUACAUCUGUGACUGCAAUAACACAGCCUUCGACGGCUAUUACUGUCAUUUAGAUAUUGGGGCAUUCUUCGACGUGGGAGCGUGGUUGCGGUAUGACAUCCGCAAAGAGCCGAUUUCCUUUGAUGCAUGGUGGGCGAACUUUUGGAUAGAGCCUCACUGGCACAACUUCACCCUCGGUUACAACACGACAACUGACGACAUAGAGUUCAGCUUCAGCACUCUACAGGCCCCAGCUGUGCUGCUGUAUAUCAGCUCCUUCAGCAAUGAUUACAUCGCCGUCCUGCUCAAGAAAGAUGGGACUCUUUCGCUGAGAUAUCGGCUUGGGAUAAUAAGCUACAAAUUUAAGCUGACUGACAGAAACAUGGCCGACGGCUUCCCUCAUUUCGUCAACAUCACCCGACACAACUACACCAUAUGGACACAGGUGGAUUACAUGGAUCCAUGGAUUGAGAAGUUAAUACCGGGAGAGAUUCCCAGAUUUGAUUCACCGAAGUCGAUAUUCUUGGGUCGAGUCAUGGAGGUGGGAGGUGUCGACUACGAAAUUCAGAGGCACAACAGUCCAGGUUUUAUGGGCUGUAUAUCAGGGGUCCGAUAUAAUAUUUUUGCUCCACUGAAGGCUUACUUCCGACCCAAUGUAACCAAUCCACCGGUGACGACUCAAGGAUAUGUGGUGGAGUCUAACUGUGGGGCGUUUCCCCCUGUUUUAGGAUAUGUCCCUUGGGAGGAUGACCCCUGGUUCACUGGCCUGUUCUUUUAUUACAUUCAUGAUGAUGUUACUCCUCCUUGGAUGACACUAAUCGUGACAGUGUCUCUGAUGCUGCUCUUCCUGAUCCUGUACGGCCUCUACAUUUACCUGUACAGGUAUAAAGGCAGUUACCACACUAAUGAACCCAAGCAGCUGGAGUCCCCCAGCUCCUCUCGACCCCUCACUGAUACUCUGCGCAAGGAUAGAAAGAACAUGCCGGAAAUACAGGAGGAAAGUCCCAAUGAAUAACACAGACUGAGAAAAAGAGAGGAGUGCUGGUGAUUAUGAGGGAGGUACAUGGUGAAGACUGAGGAAUGAGUUGCUAAUCUGAUUUUUGUUUUGUUUUGUUUUUAUGUAUCGUUUGCCUUUAUGGUAAUGUAACUAUAUUUAUUUUUCUGUCCCAUUAUUUUUACAGUGUAAUCUGAUAUUUGGUGCUUUUGGCAGGGUUCAAAAUAAGCAGGCUAGAGACAAUUUACCAUCUGAUCAAUGAGCACUAGCAGUGCAGGCCGACUGAAGUGCCUCAGCAACAUUACAAGAAACUUUGAAAGAUCAAUCCAGGGUUCCCACAGUCAUAGAUAUCAGGAAACAUCAGGGUAUUUAACCAUUUUUAUUUCCAGGCCUAGAAAAUAGUAUUGGGAAUGAUUACAAUCGUGGAAAAGUCUUGGAAAUGCGUGUUGUAAAUAUAUAUUUAUAUAGUCAUGACCAUCACGAUGAUAUUUUAUUGUGUGCAAUCUCAAUAGAAUUGUUUUUACAAAAUCAUUAUAAUAAUAAUAAUAAUAAUACACUUCAUUUAGAAUGUGCUUUUCUCACACCCAAAGCGCUAAAACAAUGUAAAAAAAUAUAUAAAUUAAGAUGCAACACUCAAUGAUACAAUAUCAAACAGCAAAAUAAAUCAAAUCGAACCCAUAAUUUAAAAAUUAUGUUUAAAUAUCAUAAGCAAAUGAUUAAACUUAAUUCAUGUUCACUUCUGUAGUCUGUAAUAUAAAUCUUAGUAGUAAUGACCAUCUCAAAAAUGUUUUAUUGGUUACAAAUUCACUUUUUGUGAAUGCAAUCGCAAUAAAAAAUAAAUAAAUAAAAUAAAUGUAAAUCCCAAUUGGCUGGUAAACCAGAAAAAGGAAAACUGAUAAAAAUUUUGAAAGGAAGACAUUCCUGUAGUCAGAAUAUUUUUUUUGUUGUUGUUUUAGUUAUGCCCAGAAAACAAAUAGCAUACUGUAAUAAAAAUCUGUUUUAUAAAAAAAAAAAAAAAAAAAAAAAAAAAAAAACAUAAAUGAUUGGGAAAAUUGACAAUGAAUUGGUGUAAGGGUGUGGGAACCCUGUGUAUACUAAGUGCAAGUUUUGGCUCAUUCUUGUGUACUGGCAGAAGUAGUGUGUUUGAUAGCCAUGUUGUUGUGUCCAUGAGAGAAUCUGCACAAAAUGCACAACAACAACCUUCAGAGUACAGUGCUUGGAAAAUGUAGACAUGUUCACACAUAUCUGUUCAACAUCACUGAAUCUUCAUUAACGUUUGGAGGAAUUAGCUCACACAUAGCUAAUGGUAAAUAUAUAUAUAUAUAUAUAUAUAUAUAUAUAUAUAUAUAUAUAUAUAUAUAUUUGUGUGUUACUACUGUCUAAAUUUGGUUGCAGCGCUUAUAAGAGAUGAAGAGUCAAUGGCAUUGAAUGGCUUCAGCUUCUUUAGAGCACAAUGAGAUUAAUGUGCUGAACAAUAACGUGUCUGGGGAUAUCAGAAAUCAAAAACUGCAGAAAGGUGUUUUUGUGAUAGUAGCCAUAUCACAUCUUGCUUUGUGUGGUAUAAGAUUCAUAAAGAUCACAGUAGUUCUCACGAAACAAGCUGAAUGAAUUUCAGCUCCCUGAAAGAUAAACAGAAGUGUUUCUUGACUAAUGCCCAGUGAGUAGCCGUAAUGAACAGGGUGUGUUGUACUGUAUGUCUUCACAUGUUCCUCUCACUGCUGCUACAGCAACACACACCAGCCUUUUCAAGCCCUUCUCUAGACUCUUUGACUCUGAAAUAAUGUUUCGGUUUAUAUUUUACAAACCUAAAAGUGCAUGAAUGAGGGCAGGUAAAAACUGCAUUGUGUCGGAUUCUAAUGAUGCCACAGAUCAGCGAUUGGAAGCUGUUUUUCCUGUGGGCCAAAGAAAAACAAUAUUGUUUCUUAUACCAGAAUAUAAUGAUGUCAUACUUUUGUUCAGUCCACAUCAUAUUCAUGUCACGUGAUUGAUGAUGAAGCAUUUUAGACCAGUGAUUCCCAAAAAGGAUGUCCGAUAUACAGUAUAUAUAAAAACUAAUUGGGUAUAAUAUCUUUUUUUCAGUUCAUUUAAAAAAAGUACAAAUAUUUUUGUAAUGUAUGCAAGUUUUAUAUUUUUGAGGUGUUUUCCGACCAUAAUUCAGGUUUUUCUUUAAAAAUGACAUCAUGAAUUAAUUUCUAAGUGAGGAUGGGGUAAUUUUGCCUUAUUGAUGGGUCUAUUGGCCUAUAUAAGAAAAAACCUGUUUUGGACAGUCUGCACUGUUUCUAGUGUGGAGCUUCUGUGGGCUGAAUGUGUUCACUCAGCUGUGGAGCCUAUAACCUAUACAUUGAUCAGGAAAAGGUAAACGAACGGUGUUAGCUUUGGAUCAACAAUAACUGAGUGAUAGAAAUACUAAAAUGGCAUCUUUAGAGUAUUAGAGGAAAGGCAACCUUAAUGUGUUGUGGUGGUUUGUUACAGGUGGAUUUUGGACAGAAAUAAUCAUAAAGCAGCUGAUAUUUUUACAUGAAGUCACAUAUGAUAGCUUUCUUAGCAAGUAACACUGAACAGUUCAGCACAAGUCUGAUUAUCGAGGUCAAGAGGCUUUCACACACCACAGACGGUCUGUGGAUGAAAGACUCCCAUGUAAAAAGUCGUGGUUUUUAUCAAUUCAUUCGUGUGUUUGCUGUAGGAAACCAUUAUUUCUGCUGCUGCUGCUGCUUCUUAGCUGUUUUGAUGGUGGUCUUAGCAAGAGCUUAGAGCACUUCCAUCAGCUUUCCAGAUGUAAAAUGAGCUAUUGCAACAAAAGAGCAAAUAUGUAUUGUCUUUAGAAGCUAUGCAUUUUGCAUGACUACUGCACUUUUCAUCGAAAUGCAAUAAGAAAAAGAAGAAUCCGCUGCUUCCAGAACCAGGCACAUGUUCUUUAGUCUGUUUCUUUAACAGAGCCAUAAGAGCUUUUAUCAAAGAGAUCACAUAAUAUCCACCCACAGAAUAUGCUGUUUAUGUAUAUGUAUAAAUAAAGUGUACUUCUCUUUUUAUCAUUCUAAUUUGUAUAAAAAAGGCAGGCAUGUGAGAGUAUUUUGAAUAGAUGAGUACUGAAUGAAUAAGUCCAGCUUUAACCUCAUGACCUCUGCCAGGUUUUGUGUUGUUUUCAUUCUCUUUUUUAAUGUGUCCCUCAUUCUUUCACUUCUUCUCUUCUGUCGUCCUCUAAACCAGUGGUUUAUGGACUUUCACUUCAUUUUUAUUUUGAAGAGUGUCUUGAAUGAAGAAUGGAAUGCUACUGUAAAGAAAUAUUAAAUUUAACAGGGACAAAAACCUCUCAAAGAGUGUCUUCCUACUUGACAUUUUCUUUAAAACUACGCAGUCAGUAUAAAUAAUUGAGCACCAAAGUCUGGUGAUGCUCAGACAAAAGUAGAUGUAACCCCCAGUCUGUUCCAGAUGAAUGUUAAUGUGAAAUGAGGAGCGAGUGGACAGUGUAAAUGACUGGUGUACUAGCUUGUGUCAUGUAUGUUGUGUAAAUGAGGUAUUGUGUGUCAUCUGUGUUAAUACUGCAGCUAAUAAGAGAGUUACCUCAUUGACAUACAUUUAACUGAAUGUCUGAAGAAAACAACAACACUGAUCGAUACAUGAGAUCCAUUUGUUUCAUUGGGAGAAAUGUAUUAUUAAUAAGCGACCUUCACCUCUGUUUUGUAGGGAAUUGUGUUUUUUUUCACUUUAUAUUUAAUGCAUUUUUUUUAUGUACAUACUGUAUAAACCCAGUAAUUCACUGUGAAGUAAUUUCUUCAUCUUUUCCAAAUGCACUACAUAUUUAGCACAAAUCUGAAAUCUUGUAGGCCAUUUAUCUUGUGGAAAAAGAAUUCCACUCUGACCGUCAUGUCGGUGACUAUAGUAGCUGUAUGUAUCUUUUCUGCAAACAGCCAACUUUGUUAACAGUGUUAAACAUAACAAUUAAUUUUUUUUUUUAAAGUAGCAUCUAUCACAAUUUUCACUGUAAACAAUAUGGUAUUUGUUGAUAUUAGUGCUUGGUGCAAACAUACCAUUUAAGUAAAAAUACCCUUUAGAGGUAUGGGGUCAAUAAGAUGUUUUGCAAGGUUGCAUUAAUUUGAUCAAAAGUGAUAUAUAUAUCUUACACACACUGUAGGUAAUAACAUGUUAAGUGCUAAUAUUUGUCUUUAAGGUACUGAUAUCCGUUAUUUAGGGUAAAUAAGGUACAAAGAUGUACAUUUUAGCUUUUGCCACAGUGACAGCUUUGUACCUUUUUUUCUAAGAGUAUAAUAUUUCACUGUAUUUACUGACAUUUUGGUCAAAUAAAUGAAGCCUUGGUGAGACUUAAUUCCAAAACCUGAAAAAAUUGUACACCCCAAACCUUUGAAAGGUACAGUAAACUGCAUCUGCUGAGGGUAAAUGAAUACUGCGUGCAUUAUUUGUUAUAUUAUUUCUUCUCAUUGUGAUCUCAAUGAUCUUUUAUUAUCACUGUGCUCUUGAGGUUGAUUCAGGGGGACUGUAGGUCCUGUGAAGGCGAACGCAUUUGCCAAAAUAAUUCCCAUGAAAAUCUCAAAAGUUAAAGUUGAACUAGUUUCAUGGAAUCUAUUAAAAUAAUGGUUUCCUCUUGCAAGCAGGUAAUUUCAGGUUUGUGGUCAGGUGUGACAAGGUGUUCAUUCUGAGUUUUCCUAAUGCUUUAGUUCUGGUUUUGUUUGUGUCAACCUCAUUGUAAAUGACCAUGACUGUGUAGAAUCAAGACAAACCCCUAAUGACACUUUAAUAAAAGAAGCCUGAAGGAAAGACAAA